ACGACAAUGGGAUCAGCAUUCGGAAAGCUCUUUGCAUCAUUCUUUGGAAAGAAGGAUAUGAGAAUCUUGAUGGUCGGUUUGGAUGCCGCCGGAAAGACUACAAUCCUUUACAAGCUCAAGCUGGGCGAGAUCGUAACCACUAUCCCAACGAUUGGAUUCAACGUCGAGACCGUCGAGUUUAGAAACAUCAGCUUCACCGUGUGGGACGUCGGUGGACAGGACAAGAUCCGUCCAUUGUGGAGACAUUACUUCCAGAACACACAAGGUCUGAUCUUUGUCGUCGACUCCAACGACAGAGAGCGCACUCAAGAGGCCUGCGACGAGCUGCAAAAGAUGCUCAACGAGGACGAGCUGCGCGACGCCGUCCUGCUGGUCUUCUGCAACAAGCAGGAUUUGCCCAAUGCCAUGAGCGUUGCCGAGGUCACCGACAAGCUCAACCUACACUCACUCCGUCAGCGCAAGUGGUACAUCCAGUCCACAUGUGCCACCUCUGGCGAUGGUCUCUACGAAGGACUUGACUGGUUGUCAAACACCCUCACCAAG